AUGGCUACUGCUGCCCUCAGGCCGCCCGGAGCGACUCCUACACACCCGGCUCCUGCGGUGUUACUCACAUUUCUGACUGUAACGGGAGGGCGAAGCCAAUGGGAAAAGUGCCGCCCAAAGGCUACACGAUUCACAUUAUAUACCCACCUCCCCCCGCCAAGCCACACAGUGGGCUCACCCGGCCCGCCAUUAGGUUACGGUGCUGGUUAAGAUGCUGUGAGGGGUUUGCUGGGCCCACUGGGGGGUAUAGAGUGGGCUACAGGUUGCCAGGUUGGCUGAGUCAGUACCUCCCACGUCUCCCACCCUCACCCCUCCCCCGGGCCGUCCCUCCCAGACUCCCCCCUGCUACCCUGACACGUCCCGCCCGGUACUGCUGGAUGGCCCAGGCCGCUGUUCUGCUCCUACUUCCGGGCCUGGUGCUGGCUGCUGGGCAGAUCCAAUCCCCGGAGCCCGGCCAGCAGGGUCCCCCUUCCCUGGUCAUCGCACUGAUUGCCCGUAACGCUGCACAUGCGCUGCCCUACAGCCUGGGGGCGCUAGAGAGGUUGGACUACCCCAGGGAUAGAAUCUCACUCUGGUGUGCCACAGACCACAAUGAGGACGCCACCCUUGAUGUGCUGCAGGAUUGGUUGGAAGCCAUACGGCCAUUAUACCACUCUCUGGAGUGGAAAGCAGAAGUGGCACCCAGGUGGUACCCUCAGGAGACUGGACCUAAGGACUGGCCUAAAGAGCGCUACGAGUAUGUAAUGAAGCUGAGGCAAGAGGCACUGAGCUAUGCACGGGAGAAGAAGGCUGAUUAUAUCAUGUACGUUGAUGCGGAUAACGUCCUGACCAAUGUACACACAGUGCGGCUGCUGAUGACAGAGAACAAGACCCUUGUGGCCCCCAUGUUGGACUCCCAGACCGGCUUCUCUAACUUCUGGUGUGGUAUAAACCCUCAGGGGUUCUACCGCCGCACUCCUGAUUAUUACCCCACUAGGAAUCGCCAGCGCACCGGUUGCUUCUCUGUUCCAAUGGUCCACUCUACAUUCCUCAUAGACCUGCAGAAGGAGGAAAGCCAUGGACUGGCCUUUUACCCACUGCACCCCAACUACACAUGGACCUUUGAUGAUAUCAUUGUGUUUGCCUACUCCUGUCUGGCAGCAGGUGUUCAGGGUUAUGUGUGCAACACCCACCGCUAUGGCUACGUCAAUGUCCCGGCACUGCCUCAUCAAGAGAUAAAGGAUGAUGAACUGAACUUUGUGCACCUUAUGAUGGAGGCUAUGGUGGACGGGACUCCAUUCCGCUCAUCUCAGUUUGUGUAUCCACAACCCAAGAACCCCGACAAAAUGGAAUUUGAUGAGAUCUUCCUUAUUAACCUGCGCCGCCGCCCAGAGCGACGGGAGAGGAUGCUGCGCUCUCUGUAUGAGCAGGAGAUCUCAUGCCAUGUCAUAGAUGCCAUUGAUGGAGGUGCCAUGAACAGCAGUGACAUAAAGCACCUGGGUGUCAACCUGCUCCCUGGAUACUAUGACCCGUUCUCGGGCCGAACACUUACCAAGGGGGAAGUUGGCUGCUUCCUUAGCCAUUUCCAGAUCUGGAAAGAGAUCACAGAGCGGCAGCUGGAUACAGCAGUCGUUUUUGAGGAUGAUGUGCGUUUCCAACCAUUCUUCAAGCGGAAGAUGAUUCGCCUUAUGGGGGAUAUUCGCAGUGCAGAGCUGGACUGGGAUUUGAUUUACAUAGGGAGGAAGCAAGUGACCUUGGACCCAGAACAGCCAGUGGAAAACGUGCCGCACUUAGUGGUUGCCGAUUACUCCUAUUGGACCUUGUGCUACAUCAUCUCCUUGCAGGGUGCCCAGAAGCUGCUGAACGCAGAACCGCUCUCCAAAAUGCUCCCAGUGGAUGAGUUUCUGCCAAUCAUGUCUGACACACAUCCCAAUAAGGAGUACAAGCAACACUUUGUGAACAGAAACCUGCGUGUGUUUUCUGUUCAUCCCCUUCUCGUUUACCCAACUCAUUACACUGGGGAGACCAGCUGGCAGAGUGAUACGGAAACCUCCACCCUUUGGGACAACGAUAAUGUAAGAACAGACUGGAGCGGGUCGCAGAAGACCCUGAAGGACACAAGGGGAGAUUCGCACCCAGUGCUACACCCUGCAUCGCAUGAUGAGCUGUGACAAUGAGAAGUUAGGGUUAAUAAUCACAGAGACAUGUGACCUCGUAUUGCAAUGCAAAAAAUUUUUAUUAGGACUCUGGUUGGCAGAGAGACUGCUUUGCUUUGGCUGUCAUUUUAAGCAGUAAGUUGCCUAAGUGGCACAGCAGGGAAGCAAUGUGUUGCCAUAGUUGUUGACACAAAAAUUGGUGCUACAAAAAAUGUGUAAUGUAUUUUCUGCACUUUGAAUUUAUAGAGUAAAUGUUUUUCUAACUGA